AUGAAAGCCCUCUCUGAUUUCUUCUUUCAUCUCUACGCAAAGACCAUCGUCCUUUUGGUCUUCUUGCUGAUAGAACUCAUCAUCCUCGUUCGAAGCCUUAAAGCCCACGCUCCUCCAAUUACCAUAUCCCAGUACCUCCAGCUCAUUGAAGAGAAAAACCCCACCGUUUGUUUCACCAGAGCACUGAAUAUGGCAGAUGAACCGCAACCAGAGUGCAGCGUGUGCUUAUCUGAGCUUCAAGAAGGCGACAAGGUUAGGAACUUGAAAUGCAAGCACACAUUUCACAAGGAAUGCUUGGACCCGUGGUUGCUUCAGUUUUGGGCCACUUGCCCCCUCUGUAGGAACAGAGUAGUACCAGAUGAUGCUGUGACCAACUAUCGACGGCUUCGGAAUCAGAGGGAAUUGAUCAUCUUUCCCUUCUGGGAUUCCUCGGAAGACUAGCGAGGUACCAUCUGCUGUAUGUCUGAAGAUUACGGUGAAAGAAUGGUUUAGCCUUUUCACUGCUGUACAACAUGAAUAUGUGAUUUCAUCAAUGUCGUGAAUGGGCUGGAUCUCGGGAAAUUCUGGAAAUGUUGAAGUUUCUAUCUGUCCAGUUCACGUUGAAAAUAUCUCAGCAGAAGUAAAUAUUUGUAGACAUACUACUCUGCAGAUUUUGAUGGGGUCCCAUUCUCACGGAGUCACGGUAGGAUAGGAGUGACUGUUCAGGCAAUAGUAAAGACGAGAGAUGCUAGCAAGUUAGAUUUUCAUUGUCUACAAGGGAACUUUUUCACACCGUGACAUUGACGAUUUGGUAGGUGGAGAAGUUAGAAGGUUUAUUAGUGGUUGAAAAAGGUACCCACGUUGAAGCAAUUUAAGAGACCCCACAACUCCACAGAGCCAGAUUCACAUGAAGGGCUCAAGAGUUAGAUGAACAUAAUAAAAGUCUUGAUUGAAGAGCUGAUAAUAUUGAGAGCGCUUCGGAGGACGAUUUGUUACCGGAUUUGCUGAACUGAGAACAAA